GAUUGAGCGCACCUGGUCACUCUAGCAUAAUUAACGAAUAAAAUAAACAAUAACAUAACCAGGGAAAAAAGAGAAACUACGAAGCAGCGAUGAACGCCGUGAUAGCGCUGUGCCACUUCUGCGAAGCGCACGGUCCCUGCGCCAUCUUCUGCACCCAGACACUGCGGGACACCAAGCUGGAAGACCUGUCGCUGGAUCAGCAGACCCAAAAGACCUGCUCCGCCUGCAACUACUCCAUUAGCAAGAAUAACAAUGCGAUCUACAGCAGGGACACUGAGAGCGGGGCCACAUUCGUCAGCACCAAGGUGGCUGUGCUGCCCGAAGUGGCCAGUCUGGUCAAGCAGGCGGCGGUCCUUAGUCUAAGCAAUGGUACGGACGCCAGCAAGGAUGGCGAGUUCGUCUUUUUCGGGGACUCGGCUAGGGGUCACAUCCUGAGUCACACGUUCCGCGUCAGCGACCUGCAGGCGCGCGGCUACUCUCAGCUAUUCUCCAUCAUUGUGCUGAUGAAGGACAAGUACUUCCUGCUAAACAUUAAGCCCUUUCUGGCGGAGCACUUGAAGAAGGUGUCGUCGGAGCUGCAGGCAGCUGCCAAAAAGACCAAGGAAACGGAGGAGCUGACGUACUCGGAGCGGCAGAGGCGUCUCUCCGGCGCUCAAUUCCUGAUGCCCACUUCCCGCUCUUUGCUGGAACUCACUGGCGAGGAGCACAUCUUCGCUCAGUUGCACUCACACUUUUCGUGGCUCCUGCUGGCCGGGUCCCGCUUCCUCACCGAGCACGUGACCUUCGGAAACCUUCCAUGGCUACCGCCACAAAGUAGUGGCCGUCCUCCAGCACAGCGACUCACGUACAACAGUUCCACUCUGCCAAUGAUAGAAAGCAUCGACGAUCCCGAUCUGGAGGAGUUCUUUUCUUUGCGCCACCUUAAAAGUGUCGUCCGCAAAGAGGAGUUUGCUACGGUUUGCUACUGCGCCUUGACCGGGGUCAAGAUUGUGGUAAGAGGGGAUCCGAGAAAGACCUUUCGCUUUAUGGUCUGCCUGAAGAAACUCCUGCCCGAGCCCAUGCACAAUCUGAUGCGAAUCGACGCCCAGCAUCAGCACUCCAUUAGCUCAGAGUACAAAAUCAUAUCCGUAUCCAAUGAUAUAGCCGUGCCGAUGGCCAGUAGCUCCGUUUAUCGGAUCGAUUUUCUGGACAAGCACGUCAACGGACAUGAGGUGUCGGUCAAAUGGCCGGGAGAGCUGCCACGAAAAUUGCCAGAUCUCAUGGUGAAACUUUUGAAGGCGGUGGAGGAGAAAAACUUCACAGAACUAGUGCUGAACAAGCAGACCAAAGUGCUCAUCGAAGAGUGGAAGAACAAAGUGACCUGCCUCAACCAGGCCAAAUCCACCAGCGUGCAGGGCAAACUGAAGAAGGUACUUGGCGUGCAGCCGCAGGAUCAGCCGAUCAUCAACUACUGGAGCACACACCUUCACUAGUAUAACUCUAUACCGCACAGAUUAAGGACGUUCGUUUUCACCUUUUGGAAUAAAACCUCUUUAUUGCCGCGCUGCUUAAGCGAAGGCGAGAAAAA